AUGUUUGUGCAUGAUAAGAAAUUAGGUAUGCCCAAAAUGGAUACACCUUUACCUGACAUACCUAGUGUUGAUCAUAAAUUAAAACGACAAUUUUUAGAUUCACUUUCUAGGACUAGAAAUUCUUUUAAAAAUUUGCCUAACUUGGUAAAAGGUCAUACUCCAAUUGAAGAAGAAUCGAACAGUAAUUCUUACUAUAGUUCAAGCGAUAGUGAGGGUAUUGAAUUACAAUUGAAUAAUAUCAAAAGAGAAAAAAGUGAUUUAGAAUCUCAGUUAGAAAAAAAUGCCUCAAUCGUUGUUUAUGAUAGUGAAGAAGAUGGAAUUGUUGCGAAAAAUAAUGUUUCUGAGAAUAUGGAAUUGUCAGACAAUGGCACUUCAUCUUAUACAUUAAAAGGGAAAAAUAGUAAUAGACUCAAUGAUAAUACCGCUAAUUGCAAUAAUUAUGGCAAUACCAAUUCAAAUAAAAAUGAUACACAAACCAAUAAUGAUGAUGAUGAUGAUGAUGAUGAUGCUAAUAAUAUGCCAACGACUGCAGGAUCCAAGCCACAUUCGAGAGGUAUACUACGAGAUAUGUUUUCAAAAAUUGUAAGAAAAAAUAAUGAUUAUACUAAAAAGAUAUCUCCUAAUCUAGAUAAAGAAAUCUUUAAACAAAAUAAUAACGAACAAGAAAUCUAUUCAAUAAAUGUGCAAGAUAUAUCCGAUACGGCAAGUUCCAAUAUCGAUACAUUCAAACCUGUCAAUAUUGAUAAAUCCCCAAUUUCAGUAACAUCAUCUGAUGAUUACCUUUUUGCAAGUGCAAGUAAAUAUUUUAAUAGCACCCCAAUAACUCCUGAAGAUGGAGGUGACAAUAAAUCCGAGCAGAAUUGUUCUUAUAUUACAGAGGGUGAAAAGUCUACCGAUUUUCAAAAGCAUGCAAACAUUUCAAAUGAAUCAGAGUUAAUAGAUGAUGAACUACCUACUUGUAAAAACACGUCAAACUUUGAUAACUUAAGACUUGAUAAGGAUUCUCGAAUUUUUAAAUAUUUCGGUGAAAUAUUACAAUCAAUUCAAACUAAUGAGAACAACAGAAAAAAAAUUAAUAAUGAGAGCAGUAAUGAAGCUACGAAGGAAGAAUUUAUAACUUUAAAUAAUAUCCAAGAGUUUACAAUUCUUGAAAUAACAGAAUUUAUAUUCACUAAAUUACAAGAGUUAGAAAAUGAAAAAAAUAUAUUAGAUCAAAAAAAUAAAUUGAAAAUUGUUGAAAAUAAAAGAAAUGAGGAUAAAGAGAUAAAGAUUAAGGAAUUUAAUGUACGUUUCAAUUCUCUUCAAAAACAAGUAUUAGAAAAAAAAAUUACCAGUGAAGAAUUAAAAAUUAGGAAUAAUUUGGAAAAUAAAUUAAAGCGUUUAGAUGAAGAGAUAUUAGUUCAUGAAAAUAAGCAAAAUUUGCAGAAGGAAAAAUUACACUCAGAUCUUUGUAAAUAUAAUAGUCAUAAAGACAAUGAACUGGAAAAAAUUAAACAAAUCAAAAAUGAAAUAACUGCACAGAAUGAAAAAAAUAAUUUGUUAAAUAAUGAGCUAGAUCAAUUGAAGUAUAAGUAUGGAAUUUUGGAAAAAGAUCAUGCUUUUGUAACAAAGAAACUCUUAGAAUUAAUAAAUUUAUUAUCUGCAGAUAUUAGUAAGGAAAGCAAAGAAAAGGAAAAACUAGAGGGAGAAGAAUCGAAAUUAAAUGAUGAGAGAAGAAAAUAUGAUGUCUUAAAAUAUGAAAAUUACAAUAUUCAAGAACAAUUUAAAAAUGAAGUUGAAAAAUUGAAAAACAUUAGAUAUAUGAGAGAUACCACUGUUGAUCGUUUCAACCUUUUAAAUAUAUUCUGUUACGAAACAAAUACAUUUUUAUCAAAAUUGUUUAAAAUAUAUGAGAACUUUAUACCUGAUACUGUUAGUUUAAGUGUCGAUCGCCUUAAGACAAUCCACGAUUUUUUGGCAAAAAUAGAUAUACAUAAAAAACUAGAUCAGGAAGAUAUUAAAAAAGGUGAAGAACUAACUAUUGAAUUCUUUAAUCAAUAUGUAAAUGGGAUCAUGCUUGAGGAAAUAUUUACAAAGCAUUCAUAUUAUGACAGAUCAAAUACGUUCCUAAAUAAUGAAGUUAAUUACCUAGAAAUGCAAAAUAACAACUUACUGAGUUCGAUAAAGGAAUUAGAAGCAGAAAAGUGUCAGAUUAAAAAGAAAAUAAAUGGUCUUUAUCGUAAAGUUUCAACUCAAGGAUCUGGAAAUUAG